AGGCGGUUGCAUCAGAUUCUGGGAAGUGUCUGUCGCUGCGGCCACGGGUCCGGGAUUCCCAGCGAUGGCAGGUUCCUCCGGGGAGCAGGCUGCCGACUACAGGUCCAUUCUGAGCAUUAGUGACGAGGCAGCCAGGGUGCGGGCCCUGGACGAGCACCUCAGCACGCGUAGCUAUGUCCAGGGGUACACACUCUCUCAGGCAGAUGUGGACGUGUUCAGGCAGCUCUCGGCCCUGCCCGCCGACUCGAGGCUCCUCCACGUGGCUCGGUGGUUCAGGCACAUAGAAGCGCUCCUGGGUCGCCCUUGUGACAAGGGUGAGGCCUGCGGGCCCCAAGCAAGUAAAGGCCGGCGAGUGCAGCCUAAGUGGUCUCCUCCAGCUGGGACUGAGCCCUGUAAGCUCCGUCUGUACAACAGCCUCACCCGGAACAAGGACGUGUUCAUACCUCAAGAUGGGAAAAAAGUGACCUGGUACUGCUGUGGGCCCACUGUCUAUGACGCAUCGCACAUGGGGCAUGCCAGGUCCUACAUCUCUUUUGACAUCCUGAGGAGAGUGUUAAAGGAUUACUUUCAGUACGACGUCUUCUACUGCAUGAACAUCACAGACAUUGAUGACAAGAUCAUCAGAAGGGCCCGGCAGAACUACUUGUUUGCACAGUAUCGGGAGCGGAAACCACCAGCCACCCAGCUCCUGGAGGAUGUUCGUGCUGCUCUGAAGCCAUUUUCAGUAAAGUUAAGUGAGACCACAGAUCCCGGCAAGAAGCAGAUGCUUGAGCGAAUCCAACACACAGUGGAGGUGGCCGCAGGGCCACUUGACCAGGCCGUGCUCGCCGGCCUCUCUGAAGAGGAGAUCAACAGCCGUGCGGAGACGUUGCUGGAAGAGGCAAAGGACUUGCUUUCUGACUGGCUGGACUCCACGUGUGGCAGCGAGGUGGACGACAACUCUAUCUUCUCUCAACUGCCCAAGUUCUGGGAAGGGGAGUUCCACAGAGACAUGGAAGCGCUGAACGUUCUGCCUCCCGACGCCUUGACCCGGGUUAGCGAGUAUGUGCCAGAAAUUGUGAACUUUGUCCAGAAGAUUGUUGACAAUGGCUAUGGCUAUGCUUCAAAUGGGUCUGUCUACUUUGACACCAUGAAGUUCGCCUCUAGUGAGAAACACUCCUAUGGCAAGCUGGUGCCCGAAGCUGUUGGGGACCAGACCGCUCUCCAGGAAGGGGAGGGCGACCUGAGCGUCUCAGCUGACCGCCUGAGUGAGAAGCGCUCGCCCAGCGACUUCGCCCUAUGGAAGGCCUCCAAGCCGGGAGAGCCGUCCUGGCCGUGCCCCUGGGGGAAGGGUCGUCCGGGAUGGCACAUCGAGUGCUCUGCCAUGGCAGGCACGCUCCUGGGAGCCUCGAUGGACAUUCACGGAGGGGGGUUUGACCUCCGGUUCCCCCACCACGACAAUGAGCUGGCGCAGUCAGAGGCGUACUUUGAAAAUGACUGCUGGGUCAGGUACUUCCUCCACACAGGUCACCUGACAAUUGCAGGCUGCAAGAUGUCGAAAUCGCUGAAGAACUUCAUCACCAUCAAGGACGCCUUGAAGAAGCACUCGGCGCGGCAGUUGCGGCUGGCCUUCCUCAUGCACUCCUGGAAGGACACGCUGGAUUACUCCAGCAACACCAUGGAGUCGGCGCUGCAGUACGAGAAGUUCAUGAACGAGUUCUUCUUAAACGUGAAAGACGUCCUUCGAGCGCCUGUUGACAUCACGGGCCAGUUUGAAAAGUGGGAAGAUGAGGAAACAGAACUGAAUAAGAACUUUUAUGACAAGAAAAGGGCAGUUCACGAAGCCCUCUGUGACAACGUCGACACCCGCACUGUCAUGGAAGAGAUGCGAGCCUUGGUCAGUCAGUGCAACCUCUAUAUGGCGGCCCGGAAGGCUGCCCGGCGGAGGCCCAACCGGGCCCUGCUGGAGAGUGUGGCUGUGUACCUCACCCGCAUGCUGAAGAUCUUCGGGGCCAUAGAAGAGGAGAGCUCCCUGGGUUUCCCAGUUGGAGGGUCUCAGACCAGCCUUAAUCUCGAGUCCACAGUCAUGCCCUACCUGCAGGUGUUAUCGGAAUUCAGAGAAGGCGUGCGGAAGAUUGCCCGGGAGAAAAAAGUCCCUGAGGUCCUGCAGCUCAGCGAUGCCCUCCGGGAUGACAUCCUGCCCGAGCUUGGGGUGCGGUUUGAAGAUCACGAAGGACUGCCAACGGUGGUGAAACUGGUGGACAGAGAGACCUUACUAAGAGAGAGGGAAGAGAAGAAAAGGGUUGAAGAGGAGAAGAGGAAGAAGAAGGAGGAGGCCGCCCGGAGGAAGCGAGAGCAGGAAGCGGCGAAGCUGGCCAGGAUGAAGAUUCCACCUGGUGAAAUGUUCCUGUCAGAAAGUGACAAAUACUCCAAGUUUGAUGAAAAUGGCCUGCCCACGCACGACACAGAGGGCAGGGAGCUGAGCAAGGGGCUCUCCAAGAGGCUGCGGAAGCUGUAUGAGGCGCAGGAGAGGCUGCACGAGGAGUACCUGCAGAUGGUCCAGGACGGAAGUCUGCCCUGACAGCCGGGCACUGAGGCUUCCGCCCAGGGCAGCGCCCGCACUCCUGUCCUGUGGACAGCUGUCCUCGCCCCGAGCAGAGGACUGGUUCACGUAGGUGCCUGUGGCCGGCGCCCUGCAACGUUACCAAUAAACCCUGUGAACAGUGAGGCCCUGCCGCCCUCUCUGCCGCCGACCUCCACUCAGCUCCUGUUGGAGCUGGCAGCCGGGCCGCAUGGUCAGCAGGUUGUGACUUAAGCRCUUGGUCAGUGGAGCCAGCGGAGGAAUUUCCCCACAUGCCAGCAGCCCGGCUAAUCCCUGCUGUGUGGGUGCAUUUGGAGGUAUUGAGUAGGAAAAAGACCGGCUCAGCCUGGCGGAUCCCGCUGGGCCGCAGACAAAGACCACUCAGUCUGCCUCUGCUCCGAUGAACACGCACACUGCAGGUUUCCUAGAGCUGCAGGCCAGUGCUGCGGGUGGGCCCCUGGCCAGCUGCCAGGCCUGCCACGCCGACAGCAGCCUGGGUCUGCAGGGCUGGCGGGCGAGAUAGGAGUCUCCACACCAGGGGCGUGUCCUCCCCACCAGCUCCCCACAGGGUGCUCACUCCAGCUGAGAGUCAGCGCCUGCCCUCAGAUGUGCCCAGCCGGCCUUGGUGGAGUGCUGUGCCAGGGGCAGCAGCUCCCUGUGCCUGUGAAGGCUGGUGUGGGCCAGCUCUGACUGGACCAAGGGCAGGCAUCGGUGUUGGUAGGAGACCACACACUUGGGGGGUGUGGCAAUGCCCAGUGGUGGACGUACCCUGUCCCUGUGGUUUGGUUCUGCCUGUAGGAAGCUGCCCUAAAGGCCCCCACAAGGUGUGAAAUGUGGCAGCAUGAAACUGUGUGAGGCUGGUGAAGCCCUGUCCCUGUAGGACCUCGGCCCAGAGGUGGUGGACUGUCCUGUGCAGGCUGACUUUGUCGGUCUUUUGUGUGUGUAUGUGUGAUGCUGAGGAUUAAGCCCAGGGCCUUGUGUGUGCAAGGCAAGCACUCUACCAACUGAGCUAUAUCCCUAGCCCAAACUUUAUUGGUAUUUUAUAUUUAAAAGAAAAAUGUCCCCCAGACAGCAUUAAGCAGCCUGUCCCAGUUAGCUAUUGCUACAUAACAGACACCCCAGAACCUGGUGGCCGAGAACCGUAGCCAUUGACCACACUGGCCAGGGACUUGGCAGGCAGUUCCUGGCAGUCAGGCAGCUCAUCUGAGGUUCACACCUGGCCCUGGGCUGGGGCUGCUGGGCACCUCUCAUUGCUGUGGUCUCUCCCAGCGACUUUGGAGGCUGUGUCCAGAGAGAGGAGCAGAGGGUCCUAACUCCAGAGGCCAUGGCAUCUUCCUAGUGGAGACCAUCACAAAGAGCCACCCACGUCCCUGGGGAGGAGCAGGACAGGUCUUGAAGGAAUCUGGGGGGACCAGGAAAGCACGGCAGCUUCCCAGUGUGCUGUCUGCCACUGUGGCCGGCUUGGUCCUGUGGUGGGCAGGGAACUUCAUGGCAGGGAGCACGUGGUGGAGCAGAGCUGCUCUCUGUGAAGGCCAGAAGCAGAGACAGAGGAAGAGCAGGGCUCCCAAUCUCCCCUCAGGGUCAACCCCAUAACCUUACCUCCUCCCAGUUGGACACCCCCCCCCCUCCCAGCAGCACCAUGGGCUGGAGACCAGGCCUUUACACCAUUCAGAUCGAAACCAUGGCUGCUGGAAACUGAUCAGCUCAGCUCAGAGACCGGCCUCUGCUAGUCACCUCGGUGGGGGCCUGCCCAGGCCAGGGGUGCACAGCAGUCCAGCGUGACGUGGUAGUUCUGCCUCUAGUAACAUUGGUAUGGUGUUUCCAAACUCUUUGC